UCAUUUUGCCGGGAAUAUUGGGCCACGUGUGUCCGGCACGCUCGCACCUCAUGUUGUUCCUCUGACACCAUUCAUCGCUUGCCAUUCUGAAACGAGUCGGGGCAGGGAGUCUGCUCGCAAGAUGGCGGCGCGGUGGGGAGCAGGCGAGGAGACUUUAACUGCGUGCAAUAUAGAAUCUUUUCCUAUGGAUACACUAGACAUGGCUGCUGGGCUGAGCCCUGGAGAAACUCUGGAGGCCCUUCAAAGCUGCAUAGACCCCUCAAUCCUUUCUAUCUUUGAAGACACACCAACCGCAGAGACUAAAGGACUAGAUGAUGACAGUGAAGCCAUGCUGCUAAGCGCCCUGACAGAGAUCCUUGACAAUGCAGAUGAUGAGAACCUGUCCCCAUUUGACAUGCUACCUGACUCAGACCUGCUGUCAAGUCAAAACAGCAGGGAACACUCCCCGAUCAGUAGGUUGCUGUGUCUGUCUCGCUCGCCUCCAGAGAAAGAUACACUAUGCAGCCGAAGACCCUUGUCAACUGGAAAGAGUAUCCCCAGAAUGCAGGCAGGCUCUCUCCAGAGGAGUGAUGGGGAGGAAAUAGAAGAGGGCUCUCUCUGGGAAGAGCACACCCUCCCAUUUCCUGUCACCAUUGAACAGGAGGGUGAAGAUGGUGUUCCUGUUAGCCUGGGGGACUUGGUCAGGCACAUGCACCCGUACUGUAUGACUAUUUGUGUAGAGAAUGACAAUGGGGAACAAAUAUUGCCUGAAGGAGGCAUUUUAUUUGAGGUUUUGGAUCAGGCGGAGAAUGGAGAACCCAUCUUGACCAUCCCAGACAUGGGUCUCCUGGGUUCUCUGCCACUUAAAGAGCACAUUGCAGAAAAUGACCAGAAAGUUUUAGAUGAAGCAGAAGAGCAGGCCUCUGACAGGUCAGACCUUAUAGUCGUCGAUGAUGAGGAUGUAACAGUCAGCAAGGCUCCACUAAAAGUUACAUCCCCUGCAACACCAGGCCUAUGUUCAGAUGUGACAGAUAAAAUGAUCAUUCAGAAACAGAAGGAGAAGAUGAAAGAGAAAAGACCCUCCCACAGAAAAAAGAAAAAGAAAUGCAAGGAACAGUGCCGACCAGAACUUGUGGAGGGAAGGGUCCUUAGGAGUACCACAGGAAGAAAGAUGGCACAGGAAGCACCCAAAAAGCCUGAAAAAAGGCCAGUGAAAGAAGAGAAGAAAAACAAAGUACCAAAGGUUCCUCUCACUUCUACUCUAGACUCUUCCUCUGUAAAACCUAAACAACUAAAUUCGCACCAAACUGAAAGAGAAGUCACCUCUACAAUACUAAUGCCUGAAAUGGAUAUGCAAGCUGCUACAUGUGUGUCACCCAGACAGGACACAGCUCAAUUAAACGCUAGCCCUGAGAAGAGACACUCUAGCUAUUCACCCAACACACUGAGCUCCCAACAGCCUGAUGAAAUGUUGAAAAAGCCGGCCCCAGCCCUUGAGAAGCUGGAAGGCUCCCCGGAAGCUCCCACUGCUGUCUUGCCCCCACUGCCCUCAGAGAGCCCUGCAGCUGCUGCCAACCCCAUAACAUCCCAGGUAACACCACCUGUUAGUGAGGCCCUCCCUCCUGUGGCCCCUAUAUUCUCAGAGCCAAAGCCCAAAUCACUCAGUCUAGAGGAGUACCGGUGCCUCCGACAGCAGAAAAAGCCACCUCCGGUGGUAAAACAGGACAACAACAGCACCAAGUGGCCCAGCCUCCCAGAGCCCCCUAAAGAACUUCCCCCUAUUCCCUGUUUGCCCGAGCCCAGCCCAGAGGGUCGACGGCCCAACCGCCAGGCAGCGAAGAAGGAAGUGUCAGAGGUCAGACCUGCGUGGCAGCCAAAGGGACCUGCUGCACCUCCUACCCCUGAGGCACUGCUGGUGCCACCAUCCUAUAUGGUUGCCUCAUCCAGCAAAGUUUCAGCUCCUAUUUCUAAACCCCAGCAAAUUCAGAAACCUUCCAAACCUGUACCACUCCAAAAGCCUUCAGUACCUGCCCCUAAUUCAGUGAAGAAUUUACCCAUACAUCAAGAGCCCACUGCUCAACCUGUAGUACCUUGUGUGCCUCAGAUCUCUGAGCCUCCACCUUCUUUUAUACAAGCCACUCAGCCACUCAUGUCCUCAUCAGAUGGAAAGCAUGGAGUCAAUGGAAGGCCUCAGAUUCAGCCUGUACCUCCUAAUUCUGUAGAGCUUACUAAAACCACCAGUAUGUAUGCUCCCAGUGCCCCAGAGAAGACCACUGCUGUUUCACAGACGGUGCCCGGGGCCUCUGCUGCUACCUCACUGAGGAACCCCAACACCUCUGAAACAAGAUCUUGCAAACCCACACCCAGCAUCACCCAGCUUUGUUCUUCUCCAGUUCUUUGUUCCUCGGAGUUCCAGGGACCUGUUGUAUUUGAAACUAAAGGGAAACCCACUACAGCAGUGAAGCCACAAAGACCAAAGAGCCCCACACAGGAGCUGAUUGAGGCCUUCACCAGUGAGAUAGGUAUUGAAGCUGCUGAUGUGACCAGCUUGUUGGAGCAGUUUGAGGAAACCCAAGCCAAAGAGAAGCAAUAUGUGCCGGAGGUCUCUGGUAGAGCAGCAGCUGUAGGAAGCUCGAGUUUUGAGUUGGCACCAGAGAACACUGUUGUGGAGCGUGUGAGAGCUAAUGAUCUCUCGUCUACUGCAGCUUUAACCCCUCCAGCCACUCCUCCCCACCACAUGUGGAAAGCUCUGGCCCUUGUGGCCCUGCUGAAGAAGAGCAAGGCCACUGAGGCCUCCAAGUCUAUUCCCUCCAAGGUUAUCCAGAUAGAAGCUCAGCCACUGCCCUCAGCGAAGUCCCGCAGCAAACCCACUUCAGCAGCUGCCACUGUAGCCCCUGACCUAGCAUGCAGGGACCAUGACUAUUGCUUCCCCAGCAAAGGUGCUUCUGCUCAAGAGCCAGGCAAGCGGUGGAAUGUCAAGCAGCAGUCUUUUAUCACUAUUAAACCCAUCAAGAAAUCUACUGCUACCACUACAGAGACCCCCCCAGCUGCCCUGGCACCAUCUGUCCAGUUUACCCCAAACGGAGGAGCAAAAACCAAACCACAAGAUUUUCCACCAACAGAGCCCCUGGAUCACAGGACUGAUGGGUUGGAGAGAAGCUCUGUUCUGGAAACCCCUGAUGCUUCUCCUGCUCGACAGGAGACUGAUUCCACUGUUAGGAGAGGGCCUUCUGGGGGGUCCUACUGUGGACAUGCUGCUUCUAACACCCCUAGCCCCAGAUCUAGUCCCAGAGAGAGGACUGGAGGCCGGUCUAGAAAAAGAUCCCAUUGUUCCUCCAGCCCUAUGUCAAGUGGUUCAGAGUCAGACUCCCAGUCUUCUAGAUCUCGGUCUAGAUCACACUCUCCAUCUAGGAAAAGGUAUCGUCCCCGUCACGGUCGCUCAGAGAGCAGUUCCAGCUCUUCGUCCCGUUCCUCCUCUCGAUCCUCUAUCUCUGUGUCCUGCUCCCCUCCCAGGAGGAGGAGGAGAUACUCGUAUUCUUCCUCUCGUUCCGGCUCAUGGAGUCGCUCCAGAUCAUGGUCUCGAUCGCCUCAGAGACGAGCGUGGCAGAGUAGAAGCAGAAGAUUGUACAGUCCAUACAGAGAAGACUAUGGCCACAGGGCAAACACAAACUUAGAAGAAGUGAAGAGACGCAAAGAGAAAGCUACAGAGGAGCGCCGGGUCGUUUAUGUUGGUCGGAUUCGGGGCACAAUGACCCAAAAAGAACUUCGAGAGCGCUUUUCUUUCUUUGGCGAGAUUGAAGAUUGCACCCUGCACUUUCGAGACCAUGGGGACAACUAUGGGUUUGUGACUUAUUACAGCACCAAAGAUGCUUUCACAGCCAUUGAAAAUGGAGGCAAGCUGCGCAAGCCUGAUGAGCUGCCAUUUGAUCUCUGUUUUGGUGGAAGGAGACAGUUCUGCCAGUCCAGCUAUUCUGACUUGGAUUCAAAUAGAGAGUACGACCCAUUGUCUGCAAAAGGCAAGUUUCAUGCACUAGACUUUGACACUUUACUGAAGCAGGCCCAGCAGAGUCUGAAGAGGUAACAGGAGGCCUGCAGCAGGAAGCAGCUGACAUUUACCUCAGAGUCAACAGUUGGCUCCUCAUUUGCAACACUGUCUUUACAUUUUAGCUGUUGCAUUAGAUUUCUUUGUGUUAUUUUUUUUUUCCUAUUGAAGUGAAGAUUUGUAAUAAAAUCGGGAAAAGAAGACAAAAAAUUGAAUAUAUGAAAUGUUUUAAAAGGUUAUUUAAAUGUAAAAUAAAGUUUGAAUUGUGUGGAAAGGAUCAUUUCUAAAAGGGAAAAAUAAGUGGAAUGGAGCUUCCUAAUUAUUGGGAGAGAAUGUAAUACAUUUAAAUGUACUACACACAUGCAUACAUAAAUAAAAUGA